AUGAUAGAUUCUUUGAUAGAUUGUUCUUCCAUUACUUCGUGUGGUGAAUGUACAACUCAUUUAGAAUGUGGUUUCUGUGUCUCUGCCAACAAAUGCGUACGAGCUGGCUGGAAAGGUCCCUUUAAAGAUCCAUCAAUUUGUCCAACUUGGGAGUAUGAAUACGCCCAAUGUUUCGUUACUCACCAACAAGCUCUUAUAUCUUUGAUCUCUGCUCUUAUUGGCAUUGUAUUUAUCUUAACCGUGCUGUGUUUUUGUUGUUGUCUCUGUCGAUGUUGUAGAUUCAGAGGCAAUGAUGAGGAGAGAGUUCCCCUUCUUGGUGAUACUAUUGCAACAAAUCACUUUAGACGUGCUUCAUAUUAUAAUUACAAUAGAAAUCGUCCCUUUGAAAGAAGAGGAAGAACUCUAAGUACUGGAACUGCUAAUAGCACUGUGCAAUACGGGAGAAAUUGGCGUAAUGGUAAUGAUGAAUAUAUGUACGGUUAUGGGGGACCAACAACUCCUUCAAUGCUUUGGGUAAAUGAUAGUCCUGUUCCAACAGACUAUCCAUUAGGUUCCCAUAGUAGUCUUGGCAACACCGGUGAAUGGCGUCGUUGGGAGAAAAAACGUGAAGAAUUAUUGGCUAAAUAUGCGAAAAGUAAUAAUGAAGGAUGA